CUUUCUUUCAUCAUACCUGGUCUUCAUGCAGCACACGUUCCUCUCUGAAUCCCUUUUUUGAUCCAACGGAGUCACGUCCUCCAGCCUGCGGGCUUGGCGACAUGUCAAUGUCGAGCUCUUCCAUCCUCCUCCGUCAGAGUUCUUCCAGAUGUACUACUAAAAUUCCACGACCCUCCAACCUAGUCGUGUCUUCAGCCUCUUCCUUGAUCUCCAGUUCUACCUUCACCUCUGCCGUGUCCCAGCCCGCAGUCAUUACUUCGGGCCCUACGUCUUCAACCGAGACCUCAUUCCCAAGCGAGCGCUCUGCGUCAGACACAUGGCAUUCCCUAGCGUUGGUACUUUCCACGGAUGCUGCAAGUACACUGGCGCCACAGCCACCUGUUAGUAACCCGGUGGCCGUUCCGACAACCACUGCAUCCAGUACACUAGGAAAGCCCAGCAACUACAAUCUGAUACAUACGGAGGACGGCGCUCAUGCUCAUAUGCUGGUGUCGUCGCGGACUAGUAUAUCAAGUCAUGAAACACAAGUAUCAACGCCAGCGUCUUCUGUCUAUCUGCCGAGUCCCGCAAUUUCAGAGGCGUCGGCAACACCGACUUUACACAGCCUGCAAUCUCUCGUUGCACAGUCAACGGCUACCAGCGCUACCGCCUCUGCUAAUAGCUCCUCGCAAGGCCAUCUAGAUCAAUCUAACCAUAGCGACCACGCCCCACUCCGCACGAUCUUGGGCAGCGUCCUAGGUGGGGUCGCAUUCAUUGCUCUGGCACUCGCGAUAGGCUACUUUGUGAUGCGACAUAAGCGGCGCGAUCCCCGAGGUGGCUUGAGCACGGGCACGAGCGAAGAGCACUUGCAAAAUGAAGGUGAGCCGGCUGCUCCCUCAGGUGGCUCGCUUCCAGGGUAUCAGUCGGGAGGAUCUUUUCUUUCCGUCGCUUCGACUACUCCUUCAAGCCCUCUACGCGUUGCCCUUGCAGCUCCAAACUCGGUAAACGGUCACCACCACAGUCGCACCCUGUCUAGUUUGAAUCUCGUUUCCAACCCAAACCCUUUCCUGGACUCUGCGGAAGUCAAGUAUGUCUCGCGUGGGAGCAUGCGUAGCAUCGCAGGGGCGCUUCGCAAUCCGUUUGCCGAUGUAGCUCCAAGCCACAGCCAUGUCACCAUGCAACAAUCCGAGAUGUCACAACGACCUACAUCGGCUGCCUGGUAUUCUAUGCACAGCGAUCGCAGCUUGGGCAGCACGCUCCUUCUCCCAGGGCGGAGUAGCGCGGGGAGCAGCCUGCAGAGACUCAGCUACCCGUUCACUGCCGCCGAACUCGAGACUUGCGAUCCCAGCGGACCGGUAGCCAGACUCAGCACCCGAAGUGAUCCGUUCGACUUGGAAUGCCCUCCGCACGCGAUGCACAGACGUAGUUCGACUGCCAUACCAUUAGGACAAGUCUGAUUCUGAUGAGACGCCAGCCGUUUGCCACCUCAAUCUAACAGCAUACUGUUCUUUUCUACACACGAGACACGUGAUAUGAGCUACAAUGUUUUA